UUGCAGUCCACAAACCGAUCACACCCAUGAGCUGAAGGUUACAUUGGAGCUGCAGCACUUUAACUCUUGUGAGUAGCAUCCAUAAGGCUGUAUGUAACAGGAAAUGUGUUGUUUUGUGUAUCUCCUACUCCUGCUAAUAGGCAGUGAUGUGCUGUGCCAGGAAGUGGAAGUAUGUACCAAAACAGCAAUUAACUCCUGCAGUGACUGCAUCAAAUCAGGAGCGUAUUGUGGGUGGUGCAAACAACUGAACUUCACGAAACCUGGGGAGCAGGAAGCUGCUCGCUGUGACACCCAAGCUGCGCUAAAAGAGAGAGGCUGCAUGGAAGAAGAUAUUAUAUCCCCCAAGAAUGUAUUUUUUAAUGUAAAGAAUUCUACACUGUCCAAAAAUACAGAUACAACAGACGAUCCCAUCCAGCUCCAACCACAGGAGGUUUAUUUAAAGCUCAGACCAGGACUGUCCAAGACCUUCAGGAUUAACUUUCAGAGAAUUGAAGGCUAUCCUGUGGAUCUUUACUACCUAAUGGAUCUCUCCUACUCCAUGGAAGAUGAUCUCAGGAGCAUUAAAUCUCUGGGAAACCAACUGUUUGAAGCUCUGCAAGGCAUCACAAAAAAGGGACGAAUAGGUUUUGGAUCUUUCGUAGACAAGACUGUUCUGCCAUUUACUAACACCAACCCAGAAAAGCUGAAGAAGCCAUGCGCUGAAAAGGAACAAUUCUGCCAACCUGCAUUUGGCUACAGACAUGUUCUUAGCAUGACUGCAGACAAAGCAACAUUUCAGAAGGAGGUCAACAAGCAGAACAUCUCUGGAAACUUAGACUCCCCUGAGGGGACACUGGAUGCCAUCAUGCAGGCUGCAGUCUGUGGGGAUAGGAUUGGCUGGAGGAACAGCAGCACUCGAAUAAUCGUCCUGACCACAGACGAUGGCUUCCACAUGGCUGGGGACGGCAAGCUGGCUGGCAUACUUGAGCCGAACGAUGAGAAAUGUUACUUGGAGAACAAGAUUUACUCCAAGAGUAGUGAAAUGGACUACCCGUCUGUUGGUCAAGUGGCUACACAGUUAGAGAAUAACAACAUUCAGCCAAUCUUUGCUGUGACAAAAAACAUGGAGGGUGUGUACCGGAAACUCAGUGAAAUGAUCCCCAAGUCUGAGGUGGGAGUGUUGUCGGAGGAUUCCAGAAAUGUUGUUGAAUUGAUCAAAGCGGCCUACAAUAGGCUCUCGUCCAAAGUUACAGUGACUCAUGAUUCUCUCCCUGAUAAUGUGAAAGUCACUUACACUCCAAAAUGUCCUAAUGGGGGAGGUUCUGGAGGGGACACAGGUGUCUGUGACAACGUGGGAGUGGGUAUGAUGGUGUCUUUUGAUGUAACAGUGACAGCCAAAGAAUGCUUGGACAGGAAUAUCUCUUUCACAAUUGGUCCAUUGGGUAUAAAAGACAAGCUGAAGGUGAGCGUGUCGACUCGCUGUGAGUGCGAGUGUGACGACCCCCAAACGGACGCACAUCCAUACUGCAACAGGCAGGGCAAAGUCAACUGUGGUAUGUGCAGUUGCAAGGAUACAUUUGUUGGCCAGAAGUGUGAGUGCUCUAUCAAGGGAAAGGAUGUGAGCUCCUUGAAGGCAGCAUGUCAGAAGGAUAAUGGCACGGAGUGUGAGGGCCGAGGGGACUGCGUGUGUGGCGUGUGCCAGUGCCACGCAAUCCCAGGCGGCCUUGCCUACUACGGCACCCACUGCGAGUGUGAGAACGAGAGCUGCGAGAAGUACAAGAACCAACUUUGUGGAGGGAACGGGAAAUGCAUCUGCAAAAAUUGUGUGUGUGACCCUGAGUAUGAGGGCCCCGCCUGCCAAUGCAAGAAGUCCGACGAGCAGUGUCGCUCAGACCAGAGUGUUUGCAAUGGCAGGGGCACAUGCCAGUGUAACCAAUGCAAGUGCAUUGAGGGCUACCAACGGCCCUUCUGUAAGUUCUGCCCAGCCUGCCAGACCCCCUGUAUAACCAAGGGGAAAUGCAUCGAAUGUCUUGGCUUUCAGACGGGCCCGUUUAGUAAGAAUUGUUCCGAGGCCUGUAAGAGCAUUCACAAAUUUGAGAUGGUGGACACAUUACCACCUGGUAAGCCCUGUGAUGUAAGGGAUGUGGAGAACUGCAGGGUGUUCUUCACCACUUUUCAAUUGGUUGGAGAGGACAACUACACCGCCCAGAUACUCAAGAAGAAAGAGUGUCCAGAGUUGCCAAACAUCUAUGGCAUCAUUGGAGGAUCCAUCGCGGGUGUGGCCCUCAUCGGUCUUCUGAUACUACUCCUCAUUAAAGGCAUUAUCUACAUGAACGACCUGAAGGAGUUCCGCAGAUUUGAGAAUGAGAAAAAGAAGGCCAAGUGGACGGAUGGAGCUAAUCCACUAUUCCAGAAUGCAACCACCACUGUGGCCAACCCAACCUUCACUGGAGAAUAAGAUCAGAGACAGCAGUCUCAGUGAGAUUCACAAGCAUGUACAUAUAUUACACAUCUUUCAAUGUGCAUUUUCUGGAGAUUUGUUCAUUAAUUAAAAAAAUUGAAAUUUGUCUUGAGAAGUACUGCAUAGCUUUGUCCAUGGCUGGCUUUAGUUUGUUCGAAGUAGCUGUAAAGCAGGCAUUUCUUUGUUCUUUACUUCUUCAGGAUAAAGCUUCAGAAGUUUUUGCUUGUGUGUGGGCCUCUGCACUUAGACCUCUUUUAACAUAGUUUCUUGCUUCUGUUCUGGCUACUUUCCCAUUUACUGAGUGGCUACCCAGCGGUGAAAUUACAUUGUGCCGUAUUUGCAUGACUUUUACAUGUGCAUUUUAGCAAUUAAGCGGACGCCCAUAUCCAGUGACUUAACAGUAGUGAGAGCAUACAAUUCUGACCUGAUCCCUGUGGGAAUUGAUCCCAGAACCUAUGGCAUUCCAAGUGCCAUGCUCAACCAACUGAUAUGGGACUAUCAGUUGGUUGAGCUAACAUCAGUAAAGCAGGUGGCAAAUAGUCAAAGUAAUGUUCAUUUCUGAAACCCAUUCAUAUAGCAGCAUAAUAAUAAAUCUAGCUACAUACAUUACCAGUCAGAGGUUUGGACACACUUACUUAUUUGUUGUCAAUACCCCAUUGCAAUGAGUUGGCCACACCAUGCAUGUGGCCAACUCAAGUGUUACAAUAAAUGCGCAUUGGCAUUUCGAUCAAUGUUUGCUCCAAGCAAUUCUAAUGUUUACAAUUUCUGAGAUUCUCCAGGUGUAAACAAAACAAUGUAAAUAUUCACGCAGAUCAGUUUUGCUUACCAAUUAAGAUGUUUUGCAAGUUAAAUGGAACUUUUAUUUUAAGUGUAUGAAAGCAGAAGUUAAAUGAAUGUGGAUUACGACUGCAGCUACAGAAAUAUGUACAGAUAGGGAAGCACUGAAGUAUACAAAGGGGGAGGAUGAGCAGCAGCUGUGUAAACACUAUACACAGAACAACACAUGUAGAACAUGGUCCAUACACUCGCAGGAGCUUCUGGAUCGUAUGGACAGAGGACAGAAAUAUUUGCAGUCAUGGACUAUUUGUUUCUGUUUUUGUAUGUUAUGUGUUUGUGACUAACUCAUUCUAGUAUUACAUCAUCAGGAUGAUUAAACAAAACAUUUUUGUAAGAUUUUAACUUGUACGGUGACUGUACAUAUCAUCCUAUAAGGACGCAGAUGUUUGAAAUGUCUAAUAAAACUAUCCUGACUUGA